AUGAGGUUCAUUGCUCUGACCGAUCUUCUCAUAGCGAACUCUCACUUGAUUGGCUUGAAGAUUACUCUCUUCUGGCACCUGACAACAUGGUGGACAGUUUUCAAGAAGAUCAUGGAUAACAUUUUUAUUCUUUACCAUGAAGUACUUGAGAAUAUAGUGUGGGAUCCAUAUCAUGACUUUCAUUAUUAUACAGAAGAUGUCACCUGUUUUAUGAGCACUGAAACUUAUUCAGUUAUAUACGUGAUAUUGCAGCUCUUUGUCAUCAAAAGUAUCCUUGUCCUCCGAAUUUGGGCAAUGAUGGGCAAGUGCACGACUGCAUCUAUUAUGAUUUCUGUAUACUUUUCCGCCGGUAUGGCAGGCCUUUUCUACCUAUCACCGACCAUGCUAUAUGAGAUUAUCAUCUUCAUCACUGCAGCACGUUAUGGAAUCAGGCAAUCAGGAGGCCAGUUUCAGUAUGGCCCCGAGCCUAUCAUGCGUCUACUAUUUCAAGACACGGUUCUGUACUUUGCAACGGUGCUUUCCUCUAUUUUAAUUAUGACAGUUGUGGACCCUCAUUUGGGCUUAACCAUUAUGAGUGUUACAAUGAAUUGUAUGCUUCUCGGUCUUCGGAAGCAGGCUUUUUCCGAUUCCGUUGUACGAAAAACCCUUGGAAGGCCCCUCGAGAUUGAAGAUAGAACAAGUGCUGCUCACUUCAGAGCCGGCCCUCAAGCUUCAUCCUCCCUUCCAGUCCCGAUCCCUCAUUAUGAAACUUCUACAAAUCAUGAUGUCCAAAAUACCGCAAAGGCAGCAUGGAGAUUCGGGACAAGACGGGGAGCGGGUCGUCAUCUGUUACUGUUCAAUGUUCAAUGA